AUGACUCCUCCCCAGACACCAUCGCCUACCGACUCCAACGUCUCCCACCUCUCCCUACGUGAUACGUUCUAUAAACAAAACAUCAUCAACGUUGAAGACGAUGUCAUUGUAGAAACCACUCUCUUGUCCCUUGUUCACGUGAAAGAAAUAGAAAACCAACUAGCCAAGGAACCCGCGCAUAUCGCCGCCCCCAUCCUAUCCCAAAUCCACAUCAUACGAAGCACCGCCAAGUUAGAGCUCAAGCUCAACAACAUUGAGGACGAUGCCCUCAGACUAUCAUGCCAACACAUCCAGAGACACAUUCGCUCUCUCGUGAUUCAGCUUCUUCCUGGUUCUUUUAUCGGUCGCCCGCCAAGCACUGUUGCUAGCAUUGCCACCAUUGACGUACCUCCUCCAAGUCCGGUUAGAGAAGAUUCUCAACCACUACCCAUUCCCCCACCAACCAGAAUCUACGCAAGAAAAACCCGCAAGGGAACAGUCGUCCAUGGAGUGACUAAAACAAAGUCCUUCAAGGGAAAGAAGCGGGAAGUGAUCGACAUUACCCUUGACCCCUCCAUGUCCACCAUUACAACAAAACAACCCGACCUCUCUGCAGACAAUUUCAUCUGUCGCCAGUGCAAAGCACUUGGACACCGCCAUAAGAACUGUCCGCAGUACCACUGCCGUGUAUGCCAGGCCCAAGCACCAGGUCAUUUUUCUAUCUACUGUCUGUACACUCCAAAGAAGGAGCAGUUUCUGUUGGUCUACACCGACGAGGGAUUUUAUGAUGCCCUGGCUGAAUAG